GUGAACGGAACGGACCAGGACCCGCGAUAAAAAUAAUAAUUUGUGCAUUUGAACUCAAGCUGAAUUUUUGAAACAUCCGACCGCGACGUGAUAUAACUACAAGUUGUUUUUUUUUUUGCUAGAAAUAUAUGCUGCUAUAUCUUUUUUGUUUUGUUUUCGAUUUAAAUGAAAAUGCUUAGUCAGAUAGAGUUUAUAGUGUUCUUGAUUUUUGAAACUCUAUUUGAGGAGCCGCAUCAUGUUCUGGACGGCAGUGGCCUCGUCCACGAUUUCAUCAUCAAGCAUAGAGCCAUCGGCAGCACUGGCCAGUGCAGCGCCCAACUAUCAGCAGCUGCAUACGAAGCCGCCGCUCCGCUCUCUGACCAAUAGCUGGCAGAUAAGCAAUGCAGCAUUCAAGACGCGUCUGCACCAUCAGCAGCAGGAACAGAAGGAACAGAAAGAACAGAAGCAACAAAAGCAACAGGAGCAGAAGCAGCAACAGCAACAGGAGGAACAGAAGCUAAAGGAACAAAAGCAAAAACUGCAGCAGCAGCAACAACAGCAGCAACAGCAACAGGAAGAACAAAUAAUUUCACAGCAGGAAAAGCGACAGCAAAAGCCAAGAGAGGAAGAUGAUCAGCAGUCUCCAGCGACAGUAGCAAAGAAGAAAAUAGUUCCAAAAAGUGAAACUACACGAAAAAUAUUCAAAGCUUUAGCCUCCACCUGCAAGUGCACAAAAAAGUAAAAAAAAAAAAAAAAACAAGAUAGUGUGAGAUGGAAGGUGGUAGAAGUGCAUCCCAAACCGGAGUCAUUUGAACUAAUUAGUGUCCAGCGGAAUACAUGAUUUUCAGCUAAUAAGUGUUCAAGUGCAUGCAAUACUGAGAGACAGGAAAAGACUGCAAAUGAGGGGAGAUGAGAGAGGAGCCAAUGCCCAAAACAAUAAUCGCAAUAGCGCCCACAACUAAGGAACAUUUUUUGAUGCAUUUUUCCUCUAGACGAUAGGAACAAAACAACAACAACAACAAAAAACGGAGA